AUGAGUUCCCGUGAUAAGGAUCCACUUAAGAAACAAGAUACUUCUUCGGAGUCCAGUGAAACGCAUUCGGAUAGUGAAAUAGAUCAGACUGAAGAAAAUCUAGAGCAUUUGGAGAUACAGGAGCAUCGAACAAAGGAGGAACUGAAAGAUGAAUCUAACCCAUUGGUAUCACCAAAUAAAGAAGAGACUUUAACUAGUAAAUGCGAUCUACUGAGCGAACAAAUUGCAGGACCAAGUGGCCUUCAAAAACCCAGCCUGGGGAGUUCUGAUAGCAGCUCGGAUCCAAUAUCCAAGAAAAUAACUCAUUCUAUUCUUGAAAAGGAUGCGGAGGGGCAAGAUAUUGAUGAAAGCAAAGUUAAAAUGGCAGGAGCCGAUACCGAUACUACGGACAGCCUGCCACAAAGUAGCCUAUCUUCUAGAGCAGUAUUUCCCUUCAAAAAGACAACAUCAACUGUCUUAUCGAGCAGAUUCCAACACGAGAAGAAAUUGGGGCAUGAUAUACAAAAACCUACUCGGAGGGAGAUUAUGAAACCUUUCUUCGGCUCUUCACAAACAAGCUGCAGUUCCAGACGUCGUACAUAUGCGGCUGAUAGCGCGAACACAUCCUCGGAUGUUUCCGAAAUGCCUUCUGAAAUAGCGGACGUCUCCAGAGAAGGCAGUGUGUAUUAUGAUGCAUUAGAAACCUUCGAGAGAGAGCAGACUCCCAGCUACAGGUCUGCUUUAGAAACGCACAGUUCUGAAGCUUCAGAUACAAACAUUAGUGAAAUUCUAGAAGAAAAUUAUCCUCUAACAUCGCUUGAUUCCAGUGCAUCGAUUUCCACUCCUUCUGGAGAAGGAGGUAACAGGGCCUUUAUAGAGGCGUGCCUUAGAGAAGCGGCAGAACGAGAAGAGCCACCGAGUUCAUCUGGAAUACGAGUAACGGAUCGGUCUGACCUCGCAAAUUUACAACUGUGGGGAUUAGCUGGAGAAAUGGGAAUUGAUUGGGACAAUGUCGAUAACGCGAGCGAUUCUCAGAAUCGAGAAAUCGCUGAACAUGGAGAUCAGGCAGAGCAGUCGUAUACCACAUCAGAAUCCGAGAGUGAUCGCCUAGUUUCAAAACUUCAAGAAUUCGACACAUUGUUUCAGAGAAACGAUGAAAUUUUGGAAGAAUCGAAUAUGCCUGGACACAAUGUAAGUGCAGAUGCAGCAUGCCGAAUAAAAAAAUUCGAGGAAAGAAUGCAAGUUUCUAAUAUAAGAACGAGAAUUUCAUCUCUUCAAAGAAAACCAUCGAGUUCGAGCGACUCGGGCAGCGCGGCAGAUCCAUUGAGGUCCAGAAAUAGACCCGAUCCGAGGAAGAAAACCAAGGUGGUUGCCAAGAAACCGAAAAUUACCACUCAAUCAUCCAGUUCAGGCUCCACAGAACCCAAAAGCACAACUAGUGACGAUUCGCAUCGUAAGGAUUCUCCAGAAAUAAAAAGUUCGAGUGAAUCUUCCAGUAUUGAGAUUGAAAAAAAGCCAUGGCAAAAACCUGGUCUUCUCCUUAGUAGGCAAGUUCCAACUACGUCAUCAAAAGACUCUGUUAUAGCUGAAGAAGACGAAUAUCGGAUGGCUCCCCCAAGUCCUGAGAUUCCGGAAAUUAAAGCCGAAUCUCCAGGAAAAAUGGAGACAACUUCUGAAAAAAACAAUGAAUCUGAUGCAGGAAAUGUUGAACUAUUCGAAGCCAAAUCUCUUGAUCUGGUAUGCAGCCAUCAGAUCCCUCUAUCCGAGAUUGAAGGAGUAUCCAAGGACGAAGAACAGAGUUUUGAUAUUCAGGAGCCCGGACGGAAGGCUGGUAAGUCGAAGCGUACAGACGCCAGAUUGAGUGGUUCGCCACCAUCGGAUGAAAUAGUGCCCUCUUCACCAAAUGCGGCAAGACCUAGGCCACCGAAAAUAGCAAGACCCGACAAAGAAUCGGGAGAAAAGCAUAGAGCUAGAUUCGAAAGCAAUGAUUCGCUUUCAAAAGUUGCUUGUCCCGAUUCUCCGAAGCAAGGUGAUUCUAGCACAUCGGAAAACGAUUACGAAUCGUCUGAUGAAACACGUAACUAG